CCGCUGCUUGUGACGUCUGCCCCGCAACAACAUCACCUCCAACCAACACAUUUCGCAUCGUCACCGCCACCCAUGGCUUCCAAGAAGACCAAGCCUGCUGCCGCCGGCGACGACAUCGACGACCUCUUCGAGGGCAUCGGCGACAACGCUGCUGCCCCCAAGAAGUCGCUCGAGAAGAAGCCUAAGCCCACCACCGCCGCCUCCAAGGCCAUGGCCGACCAAGACAUCCUGGCCGAGCUCGAGAAGGAUCUCGAGCAGCCUUCGCGACCUCACACGCCCCGUCUCAAGGAGCCCGCCGCCAAGGGCCUCCCCAAGCGCUCUGUCACGCCCACAACCGACGACAAGUCGGCUGCACCCCGCAAGUCCACCGACAGCGCACGAUCCCUCCGCGCGAGCUUCACUCCGAGCGCCACCAGCUCCGAUCUGCAAGAACCCGAUAAGAAGCCCGCCGAGCAGCCUGCUGCCACUCCCUUGUCCACCACCGCUGCGCCCGACGCCGUUCCUGCCGCCGCUGCCGCUGCCGCUGUUUCUGGCGGUGGCUGGUGGGGUGGCAUCUUCAACACGGCUACCGCUGCCAUGAAACAGGCAGAGGCCGCCGUCAAGGAGAUCCAGAAGAACGAGGAGGCCAAGAAGUGGGCCGAGCAGGUGCGAGGAAACGUCGGCGGCCUCAGGGCUCUCGGAGACAACCUUCGCCAGCAAGCGCUCCCUACCUUCACGAAUAUCCUCCACACCAUCGCUCCCCCCAUCAGCUCCCACGAACGGCUGCUCAUCCACAUCACCCACGACAUGGUCGGAUACCCCUCGCUCGACCCCUUGAUCUACGGCACCUUUUCGCGCGUCAUGUCCCAGGUCGAGGGUGGCGAGUUGAUGGUCAUUCAACGCGGCCAGGAAAACACCAGCCGGCGAUACUCUAACGACAGUGGCGCGGGCUGGAGAGAUGGUCCUUGGUGGCGACAGUCGGACUCUCCCAGAGAUCUUGGUCUGAUCAAGGGCCUGACCGAAGGCACAAAGCUCUGUCGUGCCGGCGCCGAGGGCUACGCCAACGAGUACUUUGGUGCCCACGGAGGCAUCGAGCAGGCCAGGGUGCGGGCCACGGAGCCCUUGAGCGAGGACAACCCGGUGCGCAGCUCCGACCUGUUCCUCGCCAUCCAGGCUGUGGGUAUCACGUCCGACUCGGCCCUGUUCGCCCGCACUGCUGCUGUCGAGAAGGAGAAAGAGACCUCGGCCGUCGCCGAGCAGGACGAGGCGGACGACAUGGUCUGCUUUGCCGUCUUUUGCCUGGACCCGGUUCACGAGAUCGAGUACUCGACCAUCAGCCAGUCCAUCCCGGCCAAGUGGAUUCGCUGGCUCGACGCCUCCAACCCGUUGACGCCCGUCAGCGGUGAUGACGGCCAGGAGCCGUCUCUGCAGCAGUCGAUCCCCGACGAGAUCCGCGAGAUUGUCGAGAGCGGCGGCGUCGACCCCCGCGAGUGGGUUGCCGAGUGGAUCGAGGAGCUGCUGGGCCUCGCAGUGGGCGUCGUUGCGCAGAGAUACGUCGCCAGGAGGAUGGGCGUCGGCGAAGGCGGCAUCGGUAAGGGCAAGAGAAGGAUGGAGGAGCUUAUGCAGGACGGCGGCGGCGAGGCGGCUCGGGCCGGCCUGAUCUGAAAGGUGGUGAUGGCACUGGCCGCAAUGCUGUAUGAAUGAUUUUGCUUAGGUGUUCGGGUAUACCGUUUCUUUUAUUCAAAUCGCAAACAACGGGCAGCUAGCUCUGCAAGCGUCAUCGACCUUUGUGAAAAUAUUUGUUGAGGGUCUGCACAAGGCGACGGCCAUGGAAGACGAAUGGCCACUGGUUCCAUGAUGCCAGAGCGCACUUGACGUCCGUAGUAUUUCCCGUCUCUAUCUUUAUGACUUGGGUCAGAAGUACGACACCUUAACACCUAUUGAGUAAUGUACAGAGAGGCAACCAAACCUUACAACGCUAAAAACACGGGCCUGGCUUGUCAAGAUAUCCAGAAUCGUCUUAUUAAUUGCACUUCCUUUGCAUGUAAC